UUUUUACACUGUUACCCCUCAGUUGUUGCCCUUUUCUUCCCGAUUACGUCUCCACCAACUCCCCUAUUCUCUCCUUUGACUGCCCAGUACAAUGUCGGUAUUCAGAUCUCAAAAAUCCUCUCCAAAAAUCAUCUAUACUCUCCAAAAAUCCUCUCACUCAGAUCUAAAAAAAAAAAAAAUUCCGCAAACCAAAGAACGGCGGCGUCAAGGUUACGGACGAAGGUCUGCCGUGCAAGGAGCACCUGCGACGGCUAUCAAGCAACAAAACUGUUUGCCCUCAUGUGGAGAUGGACGACGGCCUCCUGAACUUUCACGCGAUUGGUUAUUGUUCGACAAGCAUAUGUGGGAUAUGAGGAGCUUCGCCACCUCGACGGACGGCGUGGAGACGCCAGCAGACACGAGGCUCGAGGACAAUCGCGAGACCCAAAUUAGAGAGUCGGUGCCCCUCUCCUGCGCGGCCUCCGUCAGCUUCAGCAUGGCGUCAUAGAGCCGCCGCCUCUACGCCGUCAUCCGACUGCCAGAACCUAGAUUCCGGAGGAAAUCGUGGCAGGCGUAGGUUUUAGAAAAAGCCCCCACAAAAAUUUCAUUUUUUUUUCGGUUUUUACUGCCAAAAUUUUGACCGAGAAGAGACUUAUGCAAGGAUUUUGUUCCCCGAAAAUCUGCACUGUCGUACCUGCAAAUGAUUUUGGAGCUUGCGUGGUGCAUGGCCUUCCGGGAUUUGCGCUAUGUAAGUAAAGUGGGAAGAAGGACUUCUCAACCGCGAUUUUGGAGAGCAAGAAGGCGGCUAAUUAGCUAAUUGUAGAUGGGGCUGUCAACGGUGACAUCUGACAUCUUCGUCGUCUCUCUUCACCAGAACACCAUGAAAACGAUAUCUUUGGAGGACGCCUCACUGCUGAGAUCGAUGACCAAAAUGUCUAUCCCACAAAAGCACGAGCUUGCGGAACUAGGGGGACGUCUUAAACCUCAAUCCUACCGUUUCAGUCUAUCAAAGUUUUUCCUUUCUCACGUGGCUCAAUUGACGUUGGUUUUUCGCCGUCCCAGGUUUAAUUGUUGAAGUUUCUUUUCUCUGUUGGUCGCCGGCGUUUGUUAAACCAUACACCCUGUGACAAAGGGAUUCUAAAAAAGAAAGAAAAAUUGCAGUAAACAAGAAUGGCUUCAGUUGUGCCAAUUUCAAUUGACUCCUACAAUCACGGGUUUGUCGGCGCCGGAAAAAUGGCUGAGAGCAUUGCAAAAGGCGUUGUCAAAUUAGGGGUUUUGCCUGCUUCUAGCAUUCGGGCUGUACAUCUUGCCACCUCUCGACGUACUGCCUUCGAGUCGUUUGACGUCAAAGUCCUUUCUCACAACAUGGAGACAUUUGAGUCUCAAUUUGAUGUUGAAAAUGCUAAGCUCAUGUGGGCUGAUACGAUUCAGUGGAUAAAAGAAUUCCAUACUGAUACUAUUCUGGAGGGAGGAAAUAUAAUGCAGCCAUUUAUAACGAGAGCUCAUGAAACGUUAUAUAAGCUCAGCAGGUCUGAAAUGAUGCAAGAAUUAGACGAUGUGUCUAAUCGACAGUCCCAAGCAACCAACCGUGGACCAAGAAUUGAAUGUGAACCAGAGCAUUUAGUAGAAGAAUUCGACGCAAAACAAGAUAUUGGCGAGAAGCAUAGAUAUGAGGGGAAUGACAAGGAUGGGCUGGACAUGAUGACUGAGACGGAUAUCAACAUUGUCAUCAUGUUCGGUGGGUGUUGUGUAUAUUGUGUACUCUGUGUCAUGACGGUGAAGAACUUUGAUCCAGCCAGGUAUGCUGGAAGAUGGUUCGGAGUGCAGGGUCAAGAAGAUUGCCAUUGCACUCAGGUUCCUCGACCACUAGCAGACACUGAGGUUGAGAGUUGUGCUCUUCAAAUUAAGGUUGUGCUUUCCAUGGACCUCAACCGAUCUUCUUAUGCCCCCAAUCAAAUUUAAGGCAAUCUUGACUGCUUUCGGGUAGCAGCCAAAAGGACACGACUUAAACAGUGCGAUCCAAACAUGUGUUGUUGUUUAUUAAUUAUUGAGGUUUGGUUGGGUGGAGUGCAAGCCCUACAAUAUAUCUAUGAAGUAUGGUGUUCGAAAGAAGAACAUACACGUGUGAGUGACAAGAAAUCAGAUGUUUGGAGACUAGGAUUGGUGUUAUACUAUUGUUUAAGUGGCUGUGGUAUAUGGCCAUUUUCUGUUGAUACUGUGAAGUCAUUAACGGGUCAUGCUCUAAUCGAACGGGUGAAAGAUGCAUUCAAGAAAUUAGACCACUUUCCUUAAGCUGUUAGUCUACUGAAAAAUCUUUUGGGUCCAUCAGAUAAAAGAUUGGAUACAAGGGUUGUGCUCCAGCACACGUUCUUUUGAACAAAAUGGAAGAAGCUGGAAUUUUUAUCUGCGGUUAGUGAGUCUAGCAUUAAUAUGAGAAAUCAAAUGAACAAAUCAAGUACGUAUAAAGAAUGGCGUAAGCUAGUUGAGAAUGCCCUGUUCGAUGAGAUGCAUAGUAUGGCCAAAGCGAAUUGGUCAUCUGGGUAUCUUAUGGAGACCAUAAAUAUAUUGUUGAAGUUCGUGAGAAAUUUGAGAAACCACUUCAACGCCCUGUCAGCUGAAAAUCAGACAUUGUUGGAAAAUGAUGUCGCUGGCUACAUAGACAAAAAAUUUCCAAAACUAUUGACGAAGUCUAUCAAGAGGUCAUCGAGUUAGGUGGAGAUCACAAAACCACUCUUCAUAUGUAUUAUGAUUGAGGGGCUCAAUGAGAAAGCAUCAGAAGCAAAAAAAGAGAAUUGACUUUUUAUUUUAUUCCUUUUGGGUGAGCAAAGGUCGUUGACCGCUGCCAUUGAACUCAUUAGAUGUUUGAGAAUGAUUAAAGAACAUGAUCUUGUUGUUGAUAAGAAUGGUUGUGUAUCUUAUUGGCUUUAGACUGUUUUGUUAUUUGUAAUUGUAAGGAACACUUGUGUUUAGUGUUUCCUCCGUUGGCUCCCUUGUAUAUUGUUGUGUUUUGGGGCUUUGUUUGACCCGUUGCUUACCCGAUUCUUUGUAUUUUUGAGUUUCCUUAUAAUGUUUUUUUUUUUCAAG